ACAACUACAACAACAACCAAAGCUACCACUACAGCUGAGCCUACAACCACAGUUGAGCCCACGACUACAACUACUUCCAAACCCCAAACCACUACCACUGAACCUACCACUUCUACCAUUGCCUCAACCACCACAUUACCUGAACCAAAAUGUACCUACAAGGGUAAACUGUACAGUGGCGGUGAAGUGUGGGAAGACGACUGUCAAAUUCACACCUGUGUUGCUCCUCCGUUCUUCAUACAUAGCAAGCCAAGAUGCCUCCCGCUGACAUCUGGUAGUGUUUUUAAUAAUUGCAAGAUUGUGGAAGACCCAGAAGAUCCUUGCUGUCAAAAAACAAUAUGUGACCCAGCCACUGCCCCACCAGAGAUUUUGAAACAGACCACUCCUACUACAACAAAGACAACCAAAGUGGCCAUCACAAAAACAACUUCUAAGCCUUCAACUACAACCGCUACAACAACCACCAAAACUACAACGACUACAACUGAACCUACAACUACAACAACCACCAAACCUACAACGACUACAACUGAACCUACAACCACAACAACCACCAAACCUACAACGACUACAACUGAACCUACAACUACAACAACCACCAAACCUACAACGACUACAACUGAACCUACAACUACAACAACCACCAAAGCUACCACUACAACUGAACCUACAACUCCAACAACUACCAAAGCUACAACGACUACAACUGAACCUACAACUCCAACAACAACAAAAGCUACCACUACAACCUUCAACUACAACCGCUACAACUACCAGCAAACCUUCAACUACUACAACCGAAGCAACAUCUACAACAACAACCAAACCUACAAUGCCUACAUCUGA